AUAUUUUGAAAAUUAAUAAAUAUCUAAAGCCAAAAGUUUAUUACAGUUUAUCUCCCCUUCCUAUUACCCUUCUUAAAUUUCAAGUCCAUCAGUUACCAGUGCUUCGGAAAUAAAACAAAUCUGCGUAAUUAAUUUUAUGCUUCAUUCAAUGAAAAAAAAACUUGUCUUAUUAAAGAUAAAAAUUUGAAAAACAUCAGGUGUGAAUUUAUUAAAAACAAAUUUAAAUUUUAUUUAAUAUGGGUUCUGGACAAAGUGCACGUAAACUUACUAUAAAUAAUGAAGAAAUAGAUGUUAUAGAAAUAUCAGAGUCUGUUGUGGAGCGAUUAACUCAAAAAAUGAAUGAAGAAAAACCUAAUGUAGCAAAUGAAGUAAGAUCUGCUACUUUAACAGAUUCUAAAAAGACUGCAUCUUCACAAUUAUCUCAGAGUGAUAUACCGGUGAAUGCUGGAUAUCCCAUAUAUCAGCCACAAUUAACUUUAACUGCUCUUCAAAUACAGCAACAGAAAGAAAAAGAAUUUCGAAAUCAGGAUAAUUAUUGGCAAAAACGUUUGCAGGAUUUGGAACAAAAACAUUCAGAAAUUAAUAAUAUUAUUAAUGCAGAAUAUAAAAAAGCUGCAGAGCAAUUAAAUGCCAAUGAUAAGGAUGGCAUAAAUGCUCAAGAUACUAUUCAACCAUGUAAAAGCAAUUCUGAUAAAGUGUUCAAAUGUUAUCAAGAUUAUCCUAAAGAAAUUUUAAACUGUUCUAGUUUAGUUGAAGAAUUUUCUAAUUGUGUAGAUCAACGCCGAGCACAAGUGAUUGCAGCACGUUAAUGUAUUUUAAUAUUAAAUCAUUGAUAGUCUAACUAAAUGUAAUGUAAAUUUAAUAAUAAAUUUUAGUUUUUGAAAAUAAAUUAUACAAUAUAAUCAGA